AUGGCAGCCUCGUGCGCCCUGCCUGCCGCUGCAGGCGCUACCCUCGGAGCCACCGCGCUCACCUCUCCACGUGCAGGCGGCCAACUGCGUUCCUCUCCACGUGUCGGCUUCCCAUUGCGGCGUCGGACGGCAACCAUCGCGCUGCGCUGCUCCGCCUCUUCGUUCCGCCGCGUCUCAUCCGCCUCAUCCCUCUCCGCCUCCCCUUUCCGCCGUAUCUCCUCCGCCUCCUCCCUAUCCGCGUUGUCCUCAUCCUCCUCUCUCUCCGCAUACACAGCCUUAAGCAUCGCCCCUCUCUCCCACGCCCGCUCUCACAGACCCUUCCUCGCCUCUCCUCGCCGGAAAUUCCAGGGAGCGCGUUUGUUGACCGUACGCGCUGCGGCUAAAUCCGGCGUGACUAAUUCAAGUGGCGCGACUGAGCAAUCGCCCAAGGCGCUCCAGCGGCAAGGUUCGCUGGGCGUGUGCGACGAGAAACCGUCGCCGCAGUCGUCGCUGACCAUCGAACGGCAAGGAUCUCUCCCGGUCCCCACAGAUGAAACCGACUCCCUCCCCCCGCCGUCCGUGGCUCCCAUCUCCGUGCCCGAGCCAUUCGACGAGGGCCUCAUCGAGCCGUCGAGCCCUCGCGCCUCGGAGACUGGCGUCGACCGCAUCGAGUCGCAGGCGCGCACGACGCUCUCGAAGCUUAAGCACAUUCUUUAUAAGAUUAAGACGCGGGCCGCUGACGUUGAGACGUCGGUAACCAUCUUUCCACCUUCAGCGGGAGAUGCGGCGGGCAUUCCCGGUGUUGUUGCCGGGAAUACGGAUAGUGUAUCAGACAGUAGAGAAAACGACUUACAAUUCGAUGCCGAUGCGAAUGGCGGUAAGGUGGAGGAGGAGCAGCAAGUCUUCGUUUCGCAGCAGAUCAAACUCGACCUUGGGAGCAUCCCAGCCGUUGAUCUAGACGUUCCGAUUGACAUCGACGCAUCCUCGCCGUCGGAUGCAUCCUCGGUCCCUCUCUCUCCCUCGUCCUUCUCAGCCCAGAGCCUCUCCACCCUUUUCUCUGGUUUCUCUCCCUCCGAAAGUCCCGCCGCAUUUCCCGCAAGCGAGCAGCAGCUCGACGUGCAACAGAUGGACGCGCUGACUUGUACUCGCGCGUCAAUUCGAUUCGAUGAGGAAACGCAAACGGCGGUCGUGACUGUAACGGCGUCUGUCCGGGCCGCGGAUCUAGUGGACCGUGCCGCGUACACGGAGCGCACUAUGGCCAUGGCGACGCGCGCUAUAGCGCGUACGUGCCUCGUGUUGGACCAAAAGGCGCAGCGGAAAGCAGCAGAAGCCGUCUCGUCCGCGGCGCAGCAGCCACUGGCGCCCGCGCCAGCACAGCAGCCGACUGACUCCUCCCUAGUAGCACCGCAAAUUGCGCCGGAAAAGGCUGAGGAUCAGGUGCUGACGCAGGAGCAGAGGGAGCAGGAGAGGGAGCUAGUGGAGCUGCUAUCGACGGGCAGGAUCGUCAGCUGGAGGAUGGCCGGUCGCGAGCUCGGAUCCACGCCGUUCCGUCCCCUCUACGUGGUCAAUCUCGCGGCGGGCGACGGGGCUGACGGCGAGAAGACGGUGCAGGCGCUGUACCGGCCCGUGGUUGGCGGCGACGCGAGGCUGCGAUUCCAGCGCGCCCCGGCGGAAUGGGUCGCGUACAAGCAGCUCUCGCGCGUGCUGGGGGUGGACGUGGUGCCGCCAGUGGCGGUGAGGCAGGGCGUGCAGCUGGGGUCGCGGCGGUUCGCGCAGGGCACCAUGACGCUGCUGCCGCACCUGCUGCACCCGCUCGCCUCCGUGCACCCUUCCCGCCUGCGCACGCCCACACAGGCACACACGGUGAUCAGCAGCAUCCGCAUCCUCGACGCCCUCAUGGGCUCCUCCCUCCGCCGCCCCUCCGGCUUCUUCGCCGCCCAGCACUGGUCCGGGGACGGCAAGCUUUCGCCCGUAGUGCUCUCGCACCCCAUGGGCCCCUCGCUUGGCGCCGGCCUGCACGCCAUGUGGUCCAAGCGCGGCACAGGAGCGGGCGGCAGACUGAAGACGGUGGCAGGGUUUGUUCUUACGCGCCUGAGGAGAAUGAACCGCGCGCAGCUGUUGGAGGAGAUGGGCGGCCCACUGACGGCGGGGGAGAUGGAGAGGGUGCUGGACAAGAGGGACCAGAUGGUGGGGUACUUUGAUGCACUCGCUGCUAAGAUGGGCCACCAGGCAGUCAUCAGGGCUCCCUCGGGUUUGCGCCACGUGGACCUCCUGGUCAUGUGCCACCUGGCAUGCCGUUUCCACGUGGGAUGGGCUCGCCUGGGCCGCGGUUUCCCGGUCCGUCGCAUCCCCCCCAUCCGCCGCAUUCUCCUUUUUCUCCGCAACAAUCCGCCCAUGGUGCUUAUGCAAGACCCCCUCCGCCCUACGGGGGAGGCCCGCCGCAGAACCCGCACGGGGGCAUUCCGCCAGGCCCGCCCGAAGGAGUUCCGCCAGGCGGAGGGGCGCCCCCUUGGGGAGCCGCCGCCGCAGCAGCAACAAUCGCCGCAGCAGCCAGCGCGCGCGGUGCCGGGCGUGUGGCACGUGACGGCAGUCACGGACGGCGCGCCACCCCCCGCGGCAGGGAUGCGCGCGCAGGGACCGGGGAUGCCGCCGGGGCCUCACCACCCGCCGUACCCCGCGCAGGGGAUGGCGCAUGGGCCAGCAGCGCCCCAUGCGCCGCAGUACCCCGCGCUUCCGGGGUCCGCCCCUCCCCACCUCCUGCCUCACGCUCCCCCUUCCGCUUUUGCGCCUCCUCCGGCUUUUGCGCCUCCCGUUCCCCUCGGCGCCCCCCCGGCUCCAGUUUCCGCCCAGCAGGGGUUUCAUCCGGGGGGAGCGCCGCCGUUGCUCACUCCCGGCCCCCCUCCUCCACCGCUCCCCGCGGGAGCAGCAGCGGCGGGAGGAGUAGCCGGGGAAAUAUCAAACGGUGUGCCCCCAGCAGCAGCGCCAGCAGCAGCGGCAGCAGCAGAGGCGCAAGCGCCCAACCCUCCGCUCGCGCCGCAGCCCCCCCUUCCCCCCGCGUGGCUGCAGGCGGCCGCCGCCAUGGCGGCUGUCAUCUCCGGCGGCGGCCCCCCGCUCCCCGCGGGGGAGGAGCUCCCGUGGGAGAAGGGCGGAAAGAAGGGCGCGGGGAAGGGCGCAGGCGGAGGGGUGAAAGGGGGGAAGAAAUCGAGGUGGGACCGGGAGGCGCAGGGGAAAGGGGAGGAGAAGGUGGAGGAAAGGGAGGAGGAGAAGGAGAAAGGGAAGGAAGGAGGGGGAGCGGAAGAAGGUGGUGGAGACAAGGAGGGGGGAGAGGUGGAUGAGAAGGGAGGAGCGGGGAAGCAAGGGGAGGGGACUGAGGACGCAACCAAGGAGAAAGAGGGGGAGGGAAAGGAGGUAAAGGAGGGGAAGGAGAUAAAGGAGGGGAAGGAAGAGAAGAAGGAGGAGCAGGCGGAGGAGGGAGUGGAGGCAUGGACGGCGCACAAGACGGAGGAGGGCACGGUGUAUUACUACAACACUGUCACUGGCCGCUCCACCUACCACAAACCCAAAGGCUUCAAACUCCAGGAGGACAAGGUGGAGAAGCAGCCCACUCCCGUCGCAUGGGAGCGAGUGCAGGGCACGGACUGGGCGCUGGUGUCGACGAGUGAUGGCAAGAAGUACUUUUACAACACCGUCACGCAGGACACGAGCUGGCAGGUGCCCGGGGAGGUGCAGGAGGUGCGGAAGCGGCACGAGGCGGAGGAGGAGGAGCGGGCGCGCGCCGCCAGCAAGCUCUCCUUCUCGCUGGCGGGGCGGGGGGGCGCGGGGGCGGCGGGCAAGGCGGGCGCAGCAGCAGGGGGCAAGGCGACGGCGCUUGAGGUGGUCAAGAAGAAGCUGCAGGUGAUUACGGUAGGGGGGGGGGGGAGGGGGGAGGGGGAGAGGGCGGGUGGUAGAUUAGGGUUGACGGCGGGCGCAGCAGCAGCAUUGGGCAAGGCGACGGCGCUGGAGGUGGUGAAGAAGAAGCUGCAGGACGCCGACAAGGAGAUGAAGGCGGGCGCAGCAGCAGCAGCUGCUGUCGUGGCUGCUCCGACUGCUGCUGCUGCUGCGACGACCAAGCCUGGAAAGAGCAGUGCAGGAGCACAGGGUGGGGAUGGGAAGGAGGUCAACGGAGUCAACGGAGUCAAGGGAGUCAAUGGGGAGAAGGAGGGCGAAGAAGGCAAGCAGGAGGGAGAGGAUGGUGGAGGGGAGAGGGAAGACGGUGGAGAGGUGGCACAGGGGAAGGAGGGCGGGGAAAAGGGCGGCGGGGAGAAGCAGGGUGAGGAGAAGGAGGGUGAGGAGAAGGGGAGUGAGGAGAAGGGCGGGGCGGAGGUUCCGUUGGAAGAGCUGAGUCUGGAAGAAAGGGCGAUGAAGUUCCGUGUACGUGCUGCCAUGGCCCGAUGUGCGUGGCAUGGCAUCGUGAAAGACGGGGUGUCAUGGAGUGGUGCAACAUUUGGUGGCAUUGAGAUGUUGAAGGAGAAGGGAGUGGCGCCAUUCUCCAAGUGGGAGAAGGAGCUGCCCAAACUCAUCUUCGAUGCGCGCUACAAGGCCAUCCCCUCGCUGCCAGAGCGGCGGGCCAUAUUUGAGGAGUUUGUGCGCACGCGGGCGACAGCGGAGCGCAAGGAGAAGCGGUGGGCACACAAGGCGGCUGUGGAGGCGUUUAAAGCCCUGCUGGACGACAUGGAGGAGAGCGGGGACCUGACACACGAGUCAACGGUGGAAACGCUGCACGGCGAUGCCAAGUGGGGCUCGGACCCGCGCCUGCUGGCUGCAGCGCUGGAGGACAAGGACCGCCUCGCACUUCUCAAUGAGCGGGUGGUGCCGCUGAAGAGGUUGGAGGAGGAGAGGCAGCAGGAGCGCAAGGAGGCGGCAGAAGAAGCGUUUGUGGAGAUGCUGAAAGAGUACCGCGGCAAGCGCUACAUCGCCCUCUCCUCCCGCUGCAAGCACAGCGAGAAGGGUGCAGCAAUGGCGCGUGGGAAGGAUCAUCCCUUCCCCGUCCCCCACCUACCCACCUCACUUGUGCUUCUCAUUCCUCUCUCACCCGCCGACAUCGCUUCCCCUCUCCCCUCGCAGCUGCGGGAGGAGUUGAAGGAGGAUGAGCGGUACAGUGCGGUGGAGCACUGGGAGGACCGCGAGCGGCUGUUUGAUGCAUUCAUGGACACACUGCAGCGCGAGGAGGAGGAGAAGGAGAGGGAGGCGCGCAGGCGGUGGGAGGAGGAGGAGCGGAAGCGCGAGCAGGAGCGAGAGGAGAAGAGGCUGCGGCAGCGGGAGGAGGAGAAGAAGGAGCGGGAGCGGGCGCGCGUGCGGCGCCGGGAGGCCAAGGAGGACUUUGAGGACCUGCUGAGGCGCGAGAUACAGACGCCCAAUGUAGGGGGGAGGGGGAAGGGAGGGGGGAAGGGAGGAGGGAGGGAAAGGAGGGGGAAUGGGGGGAGAGAGGGAGGAAAGGUGGGGUUGGUGGGGGAAGGGAUGAUUCUAAGCAUUCUGCAUGAAGCAAUCGACUUGUUGCGCUUUCGCAUGCGUGUGCGUGUGCUGUUCCCUUGCUCCCGCCCGCCCCCUGGUUGCCUUGUCGCCUCCAUGCUCAUUGCUCACUGCUGCUCCCCCCCUCCCUCGCCCGCCCGCCCGCCCCCUGGGUGGUGGCAGAUAUCGUGGAUUGAUGCGCGGGAGAAGCUGGAGGAGGACGAGGCGUCGUGCUAUUGGAGCAAGGAGCUCACCAGCCGCGACCGCCAGGACCUCUUCUACGAGCACAUGGCCCGCCUCAUCAAGGUCGCACCAUGCACGGGCCUUCGCCUUCAAAAUGCAUCACCGGGAUCCCUGCCCUUCCUUCUUUCGUCUCUUCUCCUCCCCACCUCCUCUCUGCCCGCAUCCCCCUUCGUUUCCCCACGCCCCUCCUAUCCACCCUAUCCCCGCCCAUUCCCUUCAUCUCCCUCAUCCCCCUUCGUUCCCUCUGUUCGCCCUUCCUUUCCCUCCCCCCAACAGCGCGUGCAAAGGGAGUUCCGCGAGCUGCUAGAGGAGGAGCUCUCAGUGGCAGCCUUCUCUGAGGCUUGCUCGUCGAAUCGACUCAAAACAUCUCCCCCCCUCCCCCCCUCACCCCUUCCCCCUCCUCUUCUCCCCCAACAGCGCGUGCAGAGGGAGUUCCGCGAGCUACUGGAGGAGGAGCUGUCAGUGGCCGCCAUCUCCGAGGCUCGUGAGGACGGGCUCCGCCUCGCCUCCUCCUGGCCCGAUGCUAAGUCCGUGCUUCGGCACCAGGACCGGUACCGCGACCUGGUCCGGCACGAGCGGGAGGAGCUGUGGCGCGAGCAUGUGAGGAGCCUGGAGGGGGAGUUGAGGGAGGCUGGGGUGAUCGAUGACGAGGGGCAGGAGGUGGAUGUUGCUGCUGUGAAGAGGGAUCGGAGGCGGAGGAGGAGGAGGAGGGAGAGGGAAGAGGAGGAUGAUGAGGAGGAGGAGAAGAGAGGAGGAGGUGGGGAGAAGGGAGAGGAUAAGGAGGAGAGGGGAGAAGGGAGAGCGUUGGGAGAGGGUGGAGGGGAGGGGGAGGGAGAGGAGGAGAGGAGGGAGGAGGGUGAGAAGAAGGCGGAUGAAGAAGGGGAGAAAGAGGGGAAAGGGGUGGGUGAAAAAGAGAGGGAGGAGGCGGAGAGAGAGGAAAGGGAUGGCGUGGAGGUGGAAGAGGUAGAUAAGGACGAGGAUGAGGAGAGGGAGAAGGAAGAGAAGGAGAACGAAGAGGAGAAGGUAGAGGAGGAGAAGGAAGAGAAGGAAGAGAAUGUUGAGAGAAAGAGUGAACUGGGCAGCAAUGCAGUGGGGGCCGAAGGAGAGGCUCUGGCGGAGCAUGGAGUGGGGAGGCAAAGAGUGGAGCGCGGAGAGGAUGAGGGGGGGAGCGGUUGGGGAGAUAUGAACAAGGAAGGGAGCGAGAGGGAGAAGUGGGAGGAUGAUUUGAGGGGCGAGGACGGGGAGACAGGCGGGGGGAUGGCUGUGGAUCUGGGGAAAGAGACGGAUAGGGAGGGAGAACAAGGAGAGGACGAAGAGGAGGAGAAGAGCAAGAGGUCUGAGGAGAGGGAAAAGGAGAGGAGAGGGAAGAAGAGGGGUGAAGAUGGGGACGAGAAGGAAGAUGACGAGGAGGGGUGGGAUAAGGAGCACACGCACAAGCACAGACACAGGGAGAAGCGAGAGGAAAGACGUGCGGAAAAGGAGAGGGAAAAAGAGAAGGAGAGGGAGAGGGAGGAGAGGAAGAAGGAGAAGGAGAGGGAGAAGGAGAUGGAGAAGGAGAGGAAGAAGGAGAAGGAGAGGGAGAAGGAGAGGGAGAAGGAGAGGGAGAAGGAGAGGAAGAAAGAGAAGGAGAGAGAGAAAGAAAGGAAGAUAGAAAGGGAGAAGGAGAGAGAGAAAGAAAGGAAGAUAGAAAGGGAGAAGGAGAGAGAGAGGGAGAAGGAAAAGGAGAGGGAGAGGGAGAGGGAGAGGGAGAGGGAGAGGGAGAAGGAGGAGAGGGAGAGGAGGGAGAAGGAGAGGGAGAGGGAGAGGGAGAGGGAGAAGGAGAGGGAGAGGGAGAGGGAAAAGGAGAGGGAGAAGGAGAGGGAGAGGGAGAGGGAAAAAGAGAGGGAGAAGGAAAGGAAGAGGGAGAAGGAGAGGGAGAGGGAGGAGAAAGAGAAGAAGAAGAGGGAUAAAGGACGUGAUGAAGAGAGGGAUGAAAAACGCCGGCACCGGAGGAGGGAGGGUAGCGAGGAGAGUGCAAGGGAGGAGGAAGAGGAGAAGGAUGAAGGGGAGGAGACGGAUGAGAAGGCGAAAUGGGGAAGGCGACACGGGCAUGAGCACAAGCAUAGGCGUGAGGGGCGUGGGAGAGGGGAGGAGGAGGAGGAUGAAGGGAAGAAGGAGAAGAGGCGUGAGAGGGAGAAGAAACGAGAACGGCGAAGAGGGCAUGAAUCUGACGAGGAAAGGGAGGAGGGGAAGAGGACGAAGCGAAGUGGUAAGGAUGGUGAGAGGGAGGAGGGGGGAGAAAGCGAGGGAGGGAAAAGGAAGGAGAGGGAGGGGAGGGAUGAGAAGAAGAAGAAGGGAAGGGAGAGGAGGCAGAGUAGUGAUGAGGACGAGGAGCUUGGUGAAGGGAAGGAGGAGAGGAAGGAGAGGUACAGAGGUGACGUGAAGGAGGGUCAUGGGAGGCGGAAGAGGGAACGGGAUGAUUCGGAUAGAGACAGUGCUGAUGAUGGCAGCGUGGAGAGGGCGAGGAGAAAGGGAGGUAGGGAAACGAGGAGGAAGGAUGAGAAGAGGGAUAGGCGAGAAGGAAACGAGAGGGAUGAUUCUGACGAUGACAGGAAGAGAGGACUGAGGGAGGAGAGUGAUGGGGACAGCGACGGUGGAGCGAAGAGCAGGGGUAAAGGAAAGCAGAGGGAUCGGGAUAGGGGCGACAGGGACAGCGGUAGGGCCGCACGGCACGGCGAUCGGAGAGACGACGAGUGGAAGAAGGGUAAGCGGAUGGAGAAAGGGCGAGGAGGCGUGUCCGAUGAUGAUGAGAGUGAUGGAGAGAAGAGGGGGAAGAAUCGGGAGGAGGAGAGGAGAGGCAAACACAGGUAUGUGAGGGAUGGCAGUGGAGGUGAGGAGGAAGAGUCUCGAAACACAGGGAAGGGGGUGAAGACUCCAGAGAAGAAGGGAAGGAAGGAGAAAGGGAGAGAAGAAAGCGGAGGGGAUGAGAAGAGGAAGCGUAGGGAGGAAGGAUCCGAUUCUAGUGGAGACUCAGAAAGGGGGAGUGGUGGUGGUGUGAGAGGCGGAAGUGGGAGGUCGAGGGGAGAUGGCAGAGUGAGUGCGGAGGAGGAGGAUGAAGACGAGAGGAGGAUGAAGGAGAGACGGAGAAGGAAUGCGGGAAGGAAAGGGACGGAAGAGAGGGAGGGUUGA